AUGCCCAUUAAAAUACCCAAAUCGUUCGUUCGAAGAAAGUCCUCCGGCAAUGCGUUGGAGGAAGUUCCAAACGCCCCAGCUCCUUCAUUCAGAGUCUUCGAGAGGCGUCCGGGAGGAAACAAAUCCUGGGAUGGAAGCAAUGAUUUGAAACAACAAACAAGUCAGGUGCGGAUGUACGAAGCGACGGAAAAUGAUUUUGAUGAGGAGCUCUUCCCUGAUAAGAAAGACGACUCCAGCAACCGCGGCAGCGGAGGCACAAACAAUUCAGCUUCCACCGCACCAUACGGCAGCGCAGCAUCUUCUGCUCGUUUGAGUUCUUCGUCGACUAUCCCUUCAUCUACCGAUAUCUCUAAUGAUUCACAUACAAACUCGAUCGUAUCGACGCAACGGCCAUUCCAGGAUAUCCCGGUACCUCCAACGCCACGCUCGAGAGGUUGGUCAAUAAGAAAUGCCGGCCGGACAUUCUCGUUUGCCAGCAAGCAGAAAAUUGAGGUUCCUGUGGAACCUCUGCCUCUUCAUCGCCCCUCACUACCAGUGACGCAGACCCCAACAUUUACUCCUGGCAGAAGGGAAAGGGCCAUGACUGCCAGUACCGCAAGCACAGCAACACCUCCCAAACUCUUGGAUGGAGAAUUGGCCUUUGGUGAUUCUGGCCUGGAGGACUUUGAGAACAUUUUCGAUGGCAUUGGCAACCAGACCAGCAGGGAUUCCAUUUCUCCGCAUCACUCGGCCAAAAUGGAUCUUCCCCCUUUACCUUAUGGCGCAGAUUCCGCUGUUUCACAACAAAUAUCUCCUCUACCUUCAUCCUUAGACAUUGAUCGGGCUCGAGUAGAAGCUUCUUCUCCAUAUUCAUUCGGCAGUCAAGAUUCGAGAGAUGGACUGAUGGAUUCCCCGAUCGCGGCUCAAUUUCAGAACCACCCAAAUCCCUCAUCACCGGUACGCCGCAAGGCGUUGCCACCUUUACAGGGCAUGCCGAACCGGUCGCCCCUGUCAAGCCCGCUGCGGGAGGCUGACACGAACACUGGUAGCCUGAGUGGUGGGACUUCUCUUGUUAAAAGCCCUUCGCCUGCUGCAGACGAAAGUGAGAGAUUAUUAGCAAGCUCGAUAUCCCGUCGGGACAGUUCAUUCCAGCAAAUUGCCCAUUUCGGUGCCGCGCGAAAAUUGGAGCCUGCGAAUCCCAAUGGUAUGAAGGAGGACAACGACGACAACGACGAACUUCUCUUUUCUAAGUCAUCAUCAAACCGUGCGGACAUAUCCCGCACGGCUCCCAGGAAAGCUGCGCCACCAAGCUCCUUCAGACAGCCCAAUGCUGGUACUGUCGAUUCAUCAUUGAUUGACAGCUUCAGGGUAGCGGCGCGCUUCGAGGCCGAUGCACCCGCUCAAGAGAAGCCGGCGAAGAAAGUGAUGACCCCCGCCCAAUUCGAGAGAUACCGCCAACAGCAGGAGCAGACACGUAGGAAGAACAACCUAUCUCAGAAGGACGACUCUGGGGACGAGAAUGACAACUACGAAGACGAUGAUGAGCUGGAACGGGACCGCCAAGCAGCCCAACAGAGAAGAAAGCAGGAGGCCCAUCUUUCGGUCUACCGGCAGACCAUGAUGAAAGUCACAGGCGAAUCGUCCGCUGGUCCGAAUAGUAACGCUGCACAGUCCGGGCGAUUGACAAGCAUGAGCACGCCAGAGCUGAGUCGCAUGUCUCGUCUGACAGCUGUUACCGGAGUUUCAAGUCAUAGCGGAAAGAGUAGCGGCACGGAUGAAGAAGAUGAAGAUGUCCCAUUAGGAAUCCUGGCUGCCCACGGGUUUCCCAACAAGAACAAACCACCCAGCCGCCUUCAGACGUCCCUAUCCAAUUCGAGCUUGCCAGGAUCAACCCCUCUGUCAGCACCGCCUGCAUCUGUAUCAGGAGAAUCGCGAGGAGGGCUCAAAGGCAAUCUGCCUGUUUUCGCCAGGAAUUUGCCACAGGAUCCCUACUAUGGCGCAAGUCUGGUCAAUGCUCCAAAUCGAGAACAACUUUCAAUGGGAGGAGGAUUUGGAGGCGCCCCUGCUGGCCAAGUCCAUCCCAGUGGCUUGGUUGGCGUGAUUGCUGGUGAAGAGCGUGCGAGAGCGAUGCGCAGAGGCAGCCCUAAUCCACAAGCCAUGCAAGAUAGUUUCAUGCCAGCGCAGCACCCUGGCAUGAUGGGUAGGUCGCAAACGAUGGGUGCUGUUCCGCCCGUGAGCGGCUACCCGGGACCGGGAAUGCCGGGGAUGAUGGGACCUCAAGCUCUAUCGCCAGGAGACCAGGCACAAAUCCAAAUGGCUCAACACAUGUCUCAAAUGAUGCAGAUGCAGAUGCAAUGGAUGCAGCAAAUGACCCAGAUACAACACAACGGGCAGAUGGGGCAGAUGCCUCAGCCGCCACAGCACGGAAUGCCAGCCAUGCCGAACUUGAUGGGGAUGUCGGGAGAGAUGGGAAAUGGCAUUCCAAGACCAUUUUCCAUGCCAUUACCCGACUCGCCUCGUCAGAACGGGAGGACCAUGAGUCUGACUCCUGGAACCACCAACCAGUGGAAUCGAAACUCUUCAUAUUCGCCCUCCGUAGCUGGUGUACAAGGUGGCUAUGCUCCUUCAAUUGCUCCAUCCGAGAGGAAUACAAUCGGCAUGGCAUCAAGAUAUAGACCGGUGUCGAUUAUUGCAGAAUCGAUCAAGGCACCCAAUGAUAAGAGAUUAUCGACCUUCACUUCAGGCACACUCCAGCCAUGGAGUCAUCAAAAUACCGAGCGGGGCAGAUUAUCUCCAAGCAACACCAAUACCACAGUUCGCUCACCAUCGGCUUCUGGACUGGGGCGAAAGCCACUCACACCUGAUGAGGAAGACGACGAUCAGGGCUGGGCCGAGAUGAAGAAGAAGCGUGACAACAAGAAAGGGAUCUGGAAGAUGAAAAAGUCGGAGAAGAGUGGUGGCUAA